AUGUUCAAAAUACCGAAUUCGUUUUGUUCAGAUAAUGUAUGUUUGAGGCCAUGGUCUUUCGAAAGAGUACCGAACAAAAUGAUCCGGGGACUAGACAACGCGUUGAUCUACACGUCGACGAAAGAAGCGUGUCUGGCCGCCUGCUUAAACGAGCACCGUUUCACUUGCCGUUCCGUGGAGUACAAUUACGUAACACUUCAGUGUCAUUUGAGCGAUUCGGACAGGAGAACCACUGGCCAGUACGUGCAGUUUGUCGAAGCGCAGGGUGUCGAUUACUUUGAAAAUCUCUGCAUCAAAGGCAAUCAAGCUUGCAAAGGAAAUCGCGUAUUCCAAGUGCCCAGGAUCGGAGUGGCCGACGACAAAGUGGCACAGUACGCCUCGUUGCAUUACUACAACGACAAGGAACUACAGGUGACCAGCGAGUCGGCGUGUCGGUUGGCUUGUGAGAUCGAGAACGAGUUCCUCUGCAGGUCGUUCAUCUUCAAAGGACCGCCGGUGGGCACGGCGUACAACUGCGAACUGUUCCACUUGGACCAUAAGACGCUGCCAGACGGGCCCAGUACGUACUUGAACGCCGAACGACCACUGAUCGACGACGGCCAAAAGAUCGGCAAUUACUACGAAAACUACUGCGAGAAAUCCACGACGCCGCCUCACGAACAGCUGCCAGUCGUGUUCGAGAGUACCGACGACCCGUCGUUGAACUUGACUAGAACCGAUCUGAACUGUGACAAGACCGGAACGUGUUACGAUGUGUCCGUGCAUUGCAAGGAUACCAAGAUAGCUGUUCAAGUACGCACGAACAAACCAUUCAACGGUAGAAUAUACGCGCUCGGCAGAUCGGAGACAUGCAACAUAGACGUGCUCAACAGCGACCAAUUCCGAUUGGAUCUAACAAUGGCUGGUCAAGACUGUAAUACCCAGUCGGUGACUGGAGUGUUUUCCAAUACAGUGGUCCUCCAACACCACAGCGUUGUUAUGACGAAAGCGGACAAAAUCUACAAAGUCAAGUGCACAUACGACAUGUCUUCGAAGAACAUCACAUUCGGGAUGAUGCCAAUCAGGGACCCGGAGAUGAUAAGCAUUACUUCGGCACCAGAAGCACCGCCACCAAGGAUCAGGAUCCUGGACUCCCGGGCAAGAGAAGUGGAAACGGUCAGAAUCGGCGACAAGCUGACGUUCAGGAUCGAAAUCCCCGAAGACACACCUUACGGUAUAUUCGCAAGGAGUUGCGUGGCCAUGGCCAAGGAUUCGAAGAGCACGUUCCAGAUCAUCGACGACGAAGGGUGUCCGGUGGACCCGACCAUAUUCCCCGGUUUCUCGCCCGAAGGAAACGCACUGCAAUCCGUCUACGAAGCGUUCCGGUUCACGGAGUCGUACGGCGUGAUAUUCCAGUGCAACGUUAAAUACUGUCUGGGCCCGUGCGAACCGGCCGUUUGCGAAUGGGGCCGAGACUCCGUCGAGUCCUGGGGACGGCGCAGGAGGUCGGUGUCUGGCGCGCAACCCAGCAACAAUGACACUGCUGAAAACAGCGAAGACAUGACGCAGAUCAGUCAGGAAAUACUAGUGUUGGACUUUGGCGAUGAAAAACAAUCGCAAUUCUUGAAGAGCAACGAGCCGCAGUACACAGAUUUCAGCAAAGACAAGACUAUCACUAUUGUGGAACCGUGUCCGACCAAAACGUCCGUACUCGCUUUGGGCAUCACGUGUAUGCUGCUCAUACUGAUUUACGUGAGCACAGUGUUCUGUUACUACAUGAAGAAAUGGAUGACUCCAAGGAAAAUGAUGGCAUAG